AAGUUCCUUUAACAUACAACUUAGAAAAUGAUUCAAUGAAUAUAUAUAACAAGCAAACCAAUCCUAUUAAAAUGCGUGCGGUUUAAAUCAAGUAUAAACGUAAAACGAAACUACAGAUUACUAUUAUUCGAAUACAGAAUCGAAAUAUCUGCGAACCAGUUUGCAAAUACAUCUCGGAGUGCGGAUAUUGAAUCGUUCUUACUUAAAGAACGAUUUAAAUGGAGAUGAAUUUUAUUCUUAGUUGUCUGCUAGUAGCAACUUUGUGCGAUAAAUAUGGAUCAAAAUCGAGAUUUCCUCAAAUCGAGGCAGCAAAUGUUUGGGGAACCAUGCAAAAUGAACCAUUUAAUAAUAAUAACUUGACUAAUGUCAAUAAUGUAACAAUAUCAAAUGCAAGGAAUCUAAGUACUACAACCAUUACAAAUGUGGCCAAAUUCGAUACGAAAUUAAAUCAUCUUUUGGUUGAUACCAUUACUGGACGCGUCUUUGUUGGUGGAGUAAACAGACUGUAUCAAUUAUCGCCAGAUCUGGAGCUCUCGGAGACAGUAAAGACGGGGCCACAAAAUGAUUCAGUAGAGUGCAGUAUCCUCGACUGUCCCUUAAAUGCGGUGCGGAGCCCAACGGAUAAUUAUAAUAAGGUUUUGCUAAUUGAUCGGGCGACAUCACGACUUAUCGCCUGUGGUUCUUUAUUCCAAGGUACCUGCACAGUUCGUAACCUUCAAAAUGUUAGCAUUGUGGAGCAUGAAGUGCCCGAUGCUGUGGUGGCUAAUGAUGCCAACUCCUCGACUGUGGCUUUUAUAGCCCCGGGACCGCCACAACACCCCGUGACAAAUGUAAUGUACGUUGGUGUUACCUAUACGAAUAAUUCUCCUUAUCGAAGUGAGAUUCCAGCCGUAGCAUCAAGAUCUUGAAAAACAAAGAUGUUCCAAAUAGCUUCUUCGGCGGUUACUACUGGGACAAGAACGUUUAUAAAUUCGUAUGCUCGAGAAACAUAUUUUGUAAACUAUGUUUAUGGCUUUAGUUCGGAAAGAUUCUCCUACUUUCUCACCACACAGCUAAAACAUAGUCAUCACUCUUCCCCCAAGGAAUAUAUAACGAAAUUGGUACGAAUAUGUCAGGAGGAUUCAAAUUAUUAUUCGUACACUGAGAUUCCAGUGGAGUGUAUCAGCGAGGCGCAAGGUGGCACAAAGUUUAAUCUGGUCCAAGCUGGUUUCCUGGGCAAACCCAGCGCUGACUUAGCUCAAAGUUUGGGAAUUUCUAUACAAGAUGAUGUUUUGUUUGCGGUCUUUUCUAAGGGUGAUGGCAAUACACCCUCGAAUAAUUCAGCUUUGUGUAUUUACUCACUGAAAUCCAUACGUCGAAAAUUUAUGCAAAAUAUAAAAUCAUGUUUUAAUGGUAGUGGAAUGAGGGGACUGGACUUUAUAUCACCAAGUAUGCCAUGCGUUUUAACGAAACUUCAAACAAUUGGCGAGGAUUUUUGUGGACUUGAUGUAAAUUCACCUUUGGGCGGCGAAAAUCCGAUAACUGCCGUGCCGGUAGCAAUGUUUAACACAAGACUGACCUCAGUGGCAGCCACGAGCACUAGUGGCUAUACUGUAGUUUUUGUGGGCACAGCCAUGGGUUACCUUAAGAAAGUGGUAGUUGAGACAUCUUCUGUUGCGAAUGAAUAUGCUAAUUUCGCGGUGCAUCAAGGCUCGGCCAUCAACCAGGAUAUGCAGUUCGAUAACCAAAAUCUUUACAUGUACGUGAUGUCCGAAACAAUGGUAGCGAAGGUGAAGGUUUUCGAUUGCUCUGACUACAAAACGUGCGGCGAUUGUUUGGGAGCUCGAGAUCCCUAUUGUGGUUGGUGUUCGUUGGAGAACAAAUGUAGUCCACGUUCAAAUUGCCAGGACGAUGCCAACGAUCCCUUAUAUUGGGUCAGUUAUAAAACAGGGAAAUGUACGACCAUUACCAGUGUUGUGCCCCAUCAGUUGCAGCGAACCACAGCUCGCACUUUGGAGUUAAUCAUCGAUCAUUUGCCCCAAUUAAAAGAGAAUUUAAUAUGUGCAUUCACCACCGAUGAUAAGGCCUUGUUCACAAAUGCCACGAAAAAAAGGAAUGGCGUUAAUUGCACAACACCGCGAACCGAUAUGCUGCCUCAGAUCGAGCAGGGCAAACAUCAUUUCACAGCAAAAUUAUCCGUGCGAACUAGGAACGGCCCGGACUUGGUAUCCACGGAUUUUACAUUCUUUGAUUGCAGCACACACUCGUCGUGUACAAGGUGUGUUUCCUCGGAAUUUCCCUGCGAUUGGUGUGUUGAGGCUCAUCGGUGCACUCAUGACACUGCAGAAAAUUGCCGCAAUGAUAUUUUGGUCACAGGUGUCAGCCGUAUCGGGCCAAGUUAUCGAUCAGGUCCUGGAUUUUGUCCCACUAUUAAUGCCACGGGGGAUGGAAGUGAGGUUCUGGUAGCUGGUGGUACGAGCAAAUCAAUAAAGGUUAAGGUCCACAUAAUAGGACAGUUUAUAGUUCAGACUCGAUUUGUUUGCCAGUUUAACAUUGAAGGACGCGUAACGAGCUUGAAUGCCCAACUGCUGGGUGAUACCAUUUACUGUGACAGCAUGGAGUUCCAGUAUACUUCACGAUCUCCUAACUUGACUGCUACAUUUGCCGUUAUAUGGGGCGGAUCAAAACCCCUGGAUAAUCCACACAAUAUACAUGUUGUUAUUUAUCGUUGUCGCGAAAUGGCAGAUAGCUGUGGAAUUUGCUUGGCAUUGUCCGAAAAGUACAAUUGCGGAUGGUGUUCCUCGACAAAUACCUGUGAGGUUGAAGAGCAAUGUAACAAUAACAAGGAGGGCAAAACGGAUUGGUUGAAUCGUAGUGAGAUCUGUCCAAAUCCAGAGAUACACACAUUUGAGCCAAAAACUGGACCCUGGGAAGGCGGUACCAACAUAACGAUUAGUGGAAUUAAUUUAGGAAAGAACUAUAAUGAUAUAUACUCCGGAGUUCGUAUUGCCGGCAUUAAUUGUAUGCCAUUUCCUCAGUUUUAUAUUGACACGAAACAAAUAGUAUGUACAGUGGAUAGUCCUGGUGAGCAAAUGUAUCGAAAUGGUAGAAUUGUUGUACAAAUUGGCGACUAUCGUGGCGAAUCAAAUGAUGAUUACGAGUUUGUCGACCCCAAAAUUCUCGAUUUUUAUCCGAAAUUCGGACCAACUUCCGGUGGCACAGAGAUACAUAUUACCGGCAAGCACUUAAAUGCAGGAUCUCGUAUACAGGCAUCGAUAAAUGAUCAUUUGCCUUGCAAAAUUUUAAGCACCGAUUCAUCACAAGCCAUAUGCCGUACAUCACCUUCCCCUGGAAUAAUUGAGGGAAGAUUGAAGAUGUCGUUUGAUAACGGACCAAGGGAAUUUAACGAUUACAACUUUAAAUAUGUCCUUGAUCCCACCGUAGAGCAUGUGAGCUCGGGUCCCAGUGGUCAGAUUAAAGUGCCUAAGGGUAUACCGGCUGGAGGAAUCCGAAUUUCGGUGAUUGGCACUCAAUUUACAAGCAUUCAAACGCCAAAUAUUUAUGUGGUUUACAACGAUGUCAUGUACGCCAAUCAGUGUCGGGUUCAAUCGGACACAGAAAUGGAAUGUUCUUCACCCAUAAUUGAUGUAGACAAUAAAGUAAUUAUUGAUGCGGAGAAGCCACUGCUUCUAGAGUACGGUUUUCUAAUGGACAAUGUCUUGCGCGUUCAAAAUUUAUCAAAAAUUCACAACAACCACUUUGAACUCUAUCCAAAUCCCGAAUAUUUUAUCUUUGAAGAGAGAGUCAAGUACUUUAAAAGCGAAUACCUAACUAUAAAUGGGAGAAAUUUGGAUCGCGCAUGCAAAGAGAGCGACGUUGAAGUCAGAAUUGGAAAUGGCUUCUGCAACAUUACAUCGCUUUCUAGGCAACAGCUUACAUGCAGACCGCCUCCCGAAGCCACGGCAACGAAGAGUAUUAACGGGCCCGAGGUCAUCGUUCGCAUUGGAAGUUCCCUAGAAUAUCGGCUUGGAAUACUAAGUUACGAGUCUUCAAACAUAAUUUUGGAUUGGGGAGACAACGUUGUAUUCGCUGUAAUUGCCACAAUAGUGAUAAUAUUGCUCUUUUUUGUUGCAACGCUUGUGGCAUAUAAAAAGAAGAGCUCCGAAUCGAACCGGGUUUUGCGAAAUAUGCAGGAACAAAUGGAUAUACUAGAGUUAAGAGUGGCUGCAGAAUGUAAAGAAGCCUUUGCUGAACUUCAAACUGAAAUGACUGAUCUAACGGGAGAUUUAACUUCCGGCGGUAUUCCAUUUCUCGAUUAUCGUUCUUAUGCCAUGAAAAUACUGUUUCCCAAUCAUGAAGAUCACAUAGUCUUGCAAUGGGAACGCCCUGAACUUUUGCGAAAAGAGAAGGGAUUGCGUAUUUUUGGGCAGUUGAUUAUGAAUAAAACGUUUCUCUUGCUCUUUAUUCGAACCUUAGAAUCGAAUCGCUACUUUUCCAUGCGUGAGCGCGUAAAUGUAGCCUCCCUAAUUAUGGUCACAUUACAAUCGAAACUGGAAUAUUGCACGGACAUUCUAAAGACCUUGCUCGGAGAUUUAAUUGAAAAGUGCAUCGAGGGAAAGAGUCAUCCAAAACUAUUGCUGCGGCGUACGGAAAGUGUUGCUGAGAAAAUGUUGAGCGCUUGGUUUACUUUUCUUCUCUAUAAGUUCUUAAAAGAGUGUGCAGGAGAGCCUCUGUAUAUGUUAUUUCGUGCUGUCAAGGGACAAGUCGACAAGGGCCCCGUUGACGCCUGCACCCAUGAAGCCAGAUACUCUCUUAGUGAGGAGAAACUAAUAAGGCAAAGCAUCGAUUUUCGACCCAUGAAUGUCUAUGCCAGCAUUAUUCAACAGCCAAUAUUUUGCAAUAAUUUGGACAUGUUGCCACCUCAUACGGAAAACAUAUCUGUUAAGGUUUUGGACUGCGAUACAAUUGGACAGGUGAAGGAGAAAUGUUUGGAAACAAUAUAUAAAAAUAUACCAUCUAGCCAAAGACCGAGGAAAGAUGAUUUAGAUUUAGAAUGGCGUACGGGUGCGACAGGCCGUGUUAUUUUAUACGAUGAAGAUGUCACCUCAAAAACAGAGAAUGAAUGGAAGAAGCUUAACACUUUGCAGCAUUAUAACGUUCCCGAUGGAGCUGGCCUGAGUUUAGUUCCAAAGCAAAGUUCCAUUUACAACUUUAGUAUUUUAUCGGAUAAAAAUGAGAAGUCACACAAGUAUGAAACACUUAAUAUAUCGAAAUACACCUCCUCCUCUCCGACCUUUAGCCGCGCCGGCAGCCCCUUAAACAAUGAUAUGCAUGAUAAUGGUAUGAGAUACUGGCAUUUGGUUAAGCACCAUGAUAGUGAUAUGCAGAAGGAAGGGGAACGUGUCAAUAAAUUGGUAUCUGAAAUAUACCUUACCCGUCUAUUGGCAACCAAGGGUACACUGCAGAAAUUCGUGGAUGAUCUUUUUGAGACUAUAUUUAGCACCGCGCAUCGUGGAUCGGCUUUGCCAUUGGCCAUAAAGUACAUGUUUGAUUUUCUCGAUGAUCAAGCCCAGUUGCAUGGUAUCACAGAUCCUGAGGUCGUUCAUACCUGGAAAAGUAAUAGUUUGCCAUUAAGAUUUUGGGUAAACUUAAUAAAGAAUCCAAAUUUUGUCUUUGACAUACAUAAAUCGAAUAUCGUGGACUCCUGCCUCUCAGUUGUUGCUCAAACAUUUAUGGAUUCUUGUUCAACUUCUGAUCACCGAUUGGGCAAAGAUUCGCCAAGCUCGAAGCUUUUAUAUGCUAAAGAUAUACCCGAGUAUCGAAAAUGGGUGGAUCGCUAUUAUCGCGACAUUCGAGAUAUGUCGCCAAUAUCAGAUCAGGACAUGAACGCAAUGCUUGCUGAAGAAUCAAGGUUCGUUUUUGUUUGCAUCCAAUGUGUCGUAUUCGUGUGCGCAAUUCUAACAAGCCUUGAAUUAGACCGAAAAAUGUUCGCGUUACGUGCUGCCGCCAAAGCCGAUAAGAGUUUGGUUCCCAUUUUGGGACAACUGACUCGUGGUCAUGCUGCCAAGGCCGCUGCUAAGGCUGCCGCCGGAGCCAAUGGUAAGAUUGUGGCAGUGAUUGGUGCCGUCGUUGAUGUCCAAUUCGAUGACAAUUUACCGCCAAUCCUGAAUGCCUUGGAAGUGGACAACCGUUCGCCACGUUUGGUCCUUGAGGUGGCUCAGCAUUUGGGAGAGAAUACUGUGCGCACAAUCGCCAUGGACGGUACUGAGGGUUUGGUUCGCGGUCAAAAGGUUCUCGAUACUGGUUAUCCAAUUCGAAUUCCUGUUGGCGCAGAGACCUUGGGACGUAUCAUUAAUGUCAUUGGUGAACCAAUUGAUGAACGUGGUCCCAUUCCUACGGACAAAACGGCUCCCAUUCAUGCCGAAGCUCCAGAAUUCGUUGAAAUGUCUGUUGAGCAGGAGAUAUUGGUAACCGGAAUUAAGGUCGUGGAUCUGUUGGCUCCAUAUGCCAAGGGUGGUAAAAUUGGCUUGUUUGGCGGUGCUGGUGUGGGCAAAACGGUGCUAAUUAUGGAACUGAUUAACAAUGUAGCCAAAGCUCAUGGUGGUUACUCAGUUUUUGCCGGCGUUGGUGAACGCACUCGCGAGGGCAACGAUUUAUACAAUGAAAUGAUUGAGUCCGGUGUCAUUUCUCUGAAGGAUAAGACCUCUAAGGUGGCACUUGUCUACGGCCAGAUGAAUGAGCCCCCAGGCGCUCGUGCACGUGUUGCUCUCACUGGUCUGACUGUCGCAGAGUACUUCCGUGAUCAGGAGGGACAGGAUGUUCUCCUCUUCAUUGACAACAUUUUUAGGUUCACGCAGGCUGGUUCCGAAGUGUCUGCCUUGCUUGGACGCAUUCCUUCAGCGGUGGGAUAUCAGCCAACAUUGGCCACCGAUAUGGGUUCUAUGCAGGAGCGCAUUACUACCACAAAGAAGGGUUCGAUUACAUCCGUGCAGGCUAUCUAUGUGCCAGCUGAUGACUUGACGGAUCCGGCUCCAGCAACUACUUUUGCCCAUUUGGACGCCACCACUGUGCUGUCGCGUGCCAUUGCCGAGUUGGGCAUUUAUCCGGCUGUGGAUCCUUUGGAUUCCACAUCUCGUAUUAUGGACCCCAAUAUCAUUGGACAGGAGCACUACAAUGUGGCUCGUGGUGUUCAAAAGAUUUUGCAGGACUACAAGUCCCUUCAGGACAUUAUUGCUAUCCUGGGUAUGGACGAGUUGUCGGAGGAGGAUAAGCUGACUGUGGCACGUGCAAGGAAGAUUCAACGCUUCUUGUCCCAGCCAUUCCAAGUCGCUGAAGUUUUCACCGGCCAUGCCGGCAAGCUGGUGCCCCUGGAGCAGACCAUUAAGGGUUUCUCGCAGAUUCUGGCUGGAGAGUAUGAUCAUUUGCCGGAAGUGGCCUUCUACAUGGUGGGGCCCAUUGAGGAGGUUGUGGAGAAAGCUGAUCGGCUGGCAAAGGAGGCCGCCUAAAGGAAAAACAUAACUGGCGAAUGUUUAAAUAAUCGAUAAAAUAUGGAUUCAAAUUGAUAAUAAAAAUAAUCUAUGACAUAGAAAUCAAUUCGAUACAACUCAAUAAAUCCUAUUUAAACCAUA